AUGGAUAUGAAGAAGGAAGAUCAGUUUACUAGACUGAAACAGAAUGCUUCGAAACUUCUCCAGCAGGCUCAUGAACAAGCCUAUGCUCAUCAACGCCGACUAUCUACGAAUGGAAAAUGCCGAUCGGCAUGCGAUCAACUGGAUGCACGUAUCAGGAAACGACUAGACUCUUUCACCCCAGUGAAAUGGGCUGGGAAACCGAAGAAAUUGUCACCUCUAAUGUUUGCAUUGCAUGGAUGGGUUUGUGUAUCUUCAGAUAUGGUGCACUGUGAGACAUGUGGUCAAUAUAUGAGUAUUUUGAUACCCUCGCUGGUGCAUGCUAAUAUUUGUGUUUAUCAGAAAUCAGUCAGAAUGCUUGUUUCCAUGAUCACUAUGAAACAUCAUGUUACAUGUCCGUAUAGGUAUACUUCUUCUGGUACAGACGAUGCCAUACCACUGAACGCUCUCUGCAAAGACGUUGUUAAUCGCAGGUGUGAAAUCAUGAAAGGGCUUGAUUUUGAGCAAAUUAAAGUGAAUAUUCCUGAAAUUUCGUCAACUAUGGUUCUUCAAACGACCGAACAAAAAUGCAAAGCACUCAUUUGUUUUGGGUGGCAAAAAAGCAAAUAUUUGGACGAUGCUGUAGUUUGUGUGUACUGCAAUAGGACAGUAGGGUUAUGGCUUCUAAGAGGAUAUUUUUUUGAUGUUGAGAAACAGCAUCAUAACUGGUGUACUUUUGCAUCAGAUACAAGCCGACACACAGACGGGUGGCAGUGCCGUCACUUUGUACUACAAUGCAUCAACAGCUCGAAGGAUCUCCCUGUCACGAACUGGGCCGCUAAAGCAGAAGUUUGGAAAUCAGCUAUAAUGCCAAAAAGUAUACCACCUCCCAUCGGAGAAUAA